UGGCCUACAGUAGAGACGUAGGGUUUCAGGGCUUCAAAUUGGAUACGCCAUGUAUUUUUGAAAGAGUGAUCAAAGACAGCAAAAUGAAUUUUUACUCGCAACAAGAUAAAACCUUGAUUGACUUGGUGGUUCAGUCGAUCGGUAUGCAACUCGACCCAUCGUGCGAUCAAAACCGGAGACAAGAGCUGGCAAUGUGGACGGAUGAAUUUAAGCGCACGAAUGACGCAGCUCGUCUUUCUUUUUUCUUGAUUCAUGCUUCUCAGCCGGCGCCUGUUCGUUACUUUGGAAUGACUGUGUUAGAAUACCACGUGCGUCUUUCUUGGGAAAGUGAGCAUUUCACUCAGUCUCAGCGACAAAGUAUCUGUUCGUCCUUGCUUGAGAUGAUUUGUUCAGAUCACACCGAUGUUCUUGAAGAGCCUUCUUAUCUUAAAAACAAGCUGUGCGAACUUCUGCUCCACCUAUUUAAUUGGCCUGUUGGAGAAAAUCUACUUUCGAGCUUUUUGCGCUCUUCUCUUGGCUCUCAUCCGUAUGAUUCGAAUCCACCGCUGAUGCAGCGCGGCCAGUACCAACAGGAAAUGAUUGUCCGGUUAUUUGGAAUGCUUGCCGAGCGAAUCUUGAGGAAGAAGGAGUCCGAGCUCAUUUACUACGGAGUCGUUCUUUCGAAAUUCAAUGAAUGCUUCAGCUGCUUACUGAACGCCCUUCACCGCCUGCUGUGCCACUAUGCUAAUACGUAUCAGAUUCACGUCUCUUCGUGCCUGGAACCUUGUCUGUUGGAGACGUGGUCUUCUUUGGAACCCAGCGUAGAUGAGCCCGUUUUCGCACAACUUGAUCGAGAAGGUAAAGUGUCCGUUAUGUUAAUUUCAUCUAUUGGACGCGCGUUGGAGUUCGUUGUAAAGUCAAACACGUCUUGUUUGUCGAAUGUGGGCGCAGACGAAGCGUCCGGCGAGACAGCAAACUCUGGGAACAAUUGGAUGGCUAUCAUCACCUAUCUCCUUGAACAGCCGCCCUUUCGCCUGCAAUACGCUCAAAUCCUUUAUUUGGUACUUGCGAAAGGGGCCAUGUCUCACUCUGAAUUCCUCUAUUUUUGGCACAGCGUUCCGGACCUGAAGAAAAUCGCGUACAAAUAUCAAAAAUGCUACGAAGAAGACUUUGCUUGUUUUCCCAAUCAGAGAUCUCGAUACGUUCAGCGCAUUUAUAUUCAGAGGCUGUGCGAGUGCCUCUGCGCGAUCGCCACUGCUUAUCUGGACCUCCUUCCCCGCAACGAAUUAGCAAUGCCCAACUUCGAAGACAUUCUUGAAUGCGUUUUAUCAAUGAGCACGGGACGCUCGCUGGUCCUCUUUUUCUUGACACAUUCGUUUUGGAAAAGGUUUAUACACUGCAAGCACUUUCAGGAAAAGGCCUACUUCAAGUCGGCCGUACACGUAUUGUCGAAAGAUUUGCUUCUGAAGCUUUCUUUUUUUCCGUUUGAAUUCUCUGAAAACAUGUUCGCUCCGGCCCUGCUGCACCUGGUCAGACUGCUGGACUUCGCGAUGGACGAGGACGCCUACCAAGAAUUCGUGGGGCCCUAUAGGCAGUCUGUCAUAUCAAAUGUGUGGACGCCGAUUUCUCGACUUUUUCCGAAUUUAUCGUUGAAUCUUUGUCAUUAUUAUUUUCUUCAACUUUCCGACUUGUUUUCUCAGCUUAGGUCGGUGGACGAUCGCUGGGCCGAGCGACCGGAGAAGCGCAUUUUGCUGACCACUCUGUUUGAGGCGUUAAGUAAAUUACUUAUUGCGGCCAACCAGCACGUUUUGCCCGCCGCGCACUUCAAUGUCGUCCCGUCUCCGUACGUGUUUCCAGGCAUGGAACCGCUCACCAACGGUCCUCGCGCCGUCGAGUAUUCCAUGGAGGAGUUCAAACAUGUCAACGGAGUCUUACUGGGGCGAAUAACCCAUCUGGACACGGGCUACGAGCCUAUUACCGAGCUUCAGCUUCGCAUGGUUCUAUCUUUCAAAGGAUAUCUGACGGCGCACCCGAACGUUCUUGAGUCCAUAAUUUUCUAUUAUGUGAAGUACAUGGCGUACAGCAACUGCUCUGCGGACGCAGUGGACAUUCAGACGGAUCUUCAUGCAUCUGUCGAAAAUCUGCCUUUUCCGACAUGUACGCCGGAAACUUUGCCGCGCUGCGUCCAGCACCUUCGCCGCAUCGCUGCGACAUGUCUAGUGCAAUUCGCCAACACGUUUUCGGCGUACAUGUUACCCUACUUGGACAAACUGAUCGAGCUGUUCACCUCCUGGAUUUCGGCGAGGCGACUGAGCAUAUUCGAGGUUCUUAGCUGUUACCAGUUGAUCGUUAUUUUGAGCAACCGACUGUCUUGCGAGGCGCAAGAGCGCUUUUUGACGACUUUGUGCUCGAGCCAAGUCGACCAGUGGCGGUCGCUGUCUCUAUUUGAUAACCCAAGCCAGUUCUUCAACUUUCUAGCUGGAGACAGUUCGUCCGAUGACAACUCAAUUCACAAAAAAAAGCUGCUCUCGAUACUGAACCAAUUUUCGGCCAUCUGGAAACACGUCAAGGUCCGAAUUUCCCCGCAACCCGUUGUUCCAUUGAGAACCGCUAGGCCCGGCUCGUCGGACGCCUUCGGCCGGAAACCUGCGCAGACCCCUCUCGAUGACAAUGACCUGUCAUGCUUCGAAAAUUUGAGAAUACACAAACACUGCAACGAAGUCGAAUCGCUCCUGUCCCGCCUCAGCGACGACGUCGAAUCCAUCAACGAUUACAUGAUGAAGCUGCACAUCGAUGGCGUCAAGCGGUCCACCGAACACUUCCACCCACUUUUUGAAUUUGACAAACUUAUUUGUGACAACUUGUUCAAGUUCAUUGAAUGCCUUCACCAACUUUGGGAACCAUCUGUUCGCUCCCGUUAUAAGUCCCCGUUAUCUCGUAUCUACGACUUCAACACCCGUCUGUUUUCCACGCACUUUUCCAACAUUCUGACAAAGCACAAUUUUAGCUUCUUCUCCGAAUCUCAGCAACGCCUCCUCCAAUCCGAAGGUUGUUUCGACGACUCCCUGUUCUUCCUGAACAUAGCCGAGAACGCCUACAUCAUCCUGGGUAGCAUCAUCAAACACCAAGCGCCCUUCUACACAAACCUCAGUCAACCUUUUUCCUACCUCAAAAAAAUAUUCUCUUCUCUCCAGCACGUCCACAUCGCACAAAUAAACCUCUCAAUCAAGCAUGCGAUCGUGAAUCUGGCGUACUACACCCCGCAAGACCUCUACGCGGACUUGACCGAUUGCCUGCAACACGUUGUUCAGCUGUUUUUUUAUCUGGGCUCUCAAAAACAAACACACACAGUCACCAGCCUGUCACAGGCAUUCAGAUGCAUGUCUCUGGCGCCCGCACCGCACGGCUCGUCCGCAUACUCGAUGCCCGAAUACGAGGAAAUCGCAAUGGACUAUCAGUUCGAUCUUUUCUAUCACAAUUUAUUCGCACUUAUCAAAUCUAUUGUCUACUGCAAAAAGGGGUCCACUUCGGAGCCCUGCACGUCUCAAUUCAUCUCGGUGGAACAAUCACAAAACUCGACCUCAGACGAUUUGUCGCAACUUUCAGAAAAAAAAUCAAGACACGACGGCGCUUCGGGUGCUACACUCUACUUCCAGCACCUCCUUGCCUCGGACAAUCUGAUUUGGCUCCUCCAGUUCAUCUUGGACAUGGCCAAGUGGAAAAUGGGGAAAUUGUGCAUCCACGUACUCGACCUGCUCUUGGCAGUCAUAAAGACCACCGCCGAAUUUGAUCACACACACAAUCUUGAUGGGCAGUUAUUAAACGACUUAUUUGAUCAAUCAUCAAAAUGUCAGCACCAGCGUACCUCUGAUUCUACAAGAUACCAUCUGGUUGGACCUGCAACUUGUAAUUGGAUCUCUUCCACUUGCCUGAUGUCUCUGAUCGCUGACCAUCUUCAAGCUGGUUCGACCGAGCACAAAAAAAUAGUUUUGAUCAUUUCUCACAUUUUAGCUUUUUGUCCGUUUUCCUCGUUCAAGACGCUGCGUCUUUUACGUCAGGUGACGGCAGUCGAAUUGGAUGCGCUCAAAUCUAACCUAAAACUGAACAAGAAAGCCAAGGUAAACCACAACCGGAAUCGACAAUUUUUGAAAGAAUUUUUUGAAAGAACUAUGAAUUUUCCGAAUCCCAAAGCCGAAAAAUCUACUUCCAAAAUGCUUGUACACUCGUCUCUAAAUAAAAAAAUUCGGGUCAUCGAAGAGGAUUCCGAUCCUAUAGCUCUAGAAGAUACAUGGGCGGCCAAUCUCGAUGACCUUUUUUGAAUUUUCUCGCAUCCCAAGGAUUGCGCGAACUGAUGCAAU